AUUCAUGAUUAAAUUGGAAAGCGAUGUGACUCCAAAUUUUUAACCUUAAAGAGAUAUUUUAAAGUAGAUGGAAGAGACAAUGAUGGUACUAUAGAAACCAAAACCUCUUCAUGCUCCUCUUAUUUAACAGGAGGAGUUUUCACAAUAGUCCAUGUUGCUAAAAGAAAUUGAUUUUUUUUGUUAAAAGCUUACAACUGUGAAAAAAGCAAAACCCAAAGUUGAAGACGUAUCUACUAAAUAAUUUACGUGCUCAACACCAGAAAUUCAAAAGUUAUAAAUGUUAAAUGAACCAGAUGAAAUGGAUGAAUAAUAGCAUUAAGUUAAAUUUGCUGAUGAAUACUAAUAAGACUUAGAAAAAGUUCGAACAAUACCAAAUGAAUCGGUCUUUUAAAAAAGAACAGGUAUAGUUAGACAAGUACAACCUAAAUUAAUAAUAAAAAAAUUAGAAUUUGAAUUGGAAAACCCACCUUCUUGGAUUCCUGUCAAAAUUGAAAAAAAAUUAGAGUAAGGAUUGAAAUUAAACUUAAAUCUAUGCAUAUUUUGGCCUGAAGAAGAGCUAGCCAAUUUGAGUACAUAAAAUAUCAACAUUUUAUCCUUAAUUGAGAAUAUGAAGAAUAUUAAUUAUUUCAAUCAGUCAAUAAAAUAAUAGAAGAACAACAAUAUUAAAGACUUCACUCUUCUUAGCAUUUAACUCUUUUAGUAAUUGAAAAUUUACAGUAUAAUACUAUGCUUGAAUUACAUCUAUCCUAUUAGAGAACUUUGCAUAAGGGCAAAUGAUAUAAAAAAAGAGUUAUUAAGUGAAGCCCUUUACGAAAGAAAGAAGAAUAUGUUACUAUUAGAAUAAAAACGAAUAACUAAAAAAAUGUUUUUAAGAUAUUUGUUUUUGAGAAUUAAAUACAAGAGUGCAAUUAACAAGAUACUAAGUGAUACAACACAGAUAAGACAAAUGAUAAAUUAAAAAAAAUGUUUUUAAAAGCUCUAUUUAUACUCUUAGAGAAACAAAUCGAAAAAUGAAUUCUACGAAUUAGUUUGUGAUCACAUGAGAGUAAAAACAUUAAAUACAAUAUUUUAAAAUUGGAGAAUAUUUCAUUAAUGUUUGGCUCGAUAAAGAUAAGCAGCACAAUCAAUCAAAAAUAUUCUCCUAAGAUAAUCACUUCAAGCAUGGUAAUAAGUUACUUACUACCUAACUCAAUAAGAGGAAAGAAAGAGACAAUUAGAGAAGGAAUAGAGAGAAAAAGCAUAAAUAGCUGAAAAUCAGAAAGAGGAUGAUGAUAAUUAAAUAUUAUCCUAAUUUUUAACUGAUGAAAAACCGAGACAUAUGUAUGAAGGGCCUAAUUGUUUAAAUGAUGUAUAUACUGUAGAUGAAAGAGAAGUUUAGGCUAAGAAAAUUAAGGUCAUAAUUUUUGAACUAAAAGAAGAUUUAAAAUUAUGUCCUAAUUUAAUGUAAAAAGUAUUUAUAAAAUGGAAAAUAGCAUUUCUUUAAAGACACAGACAAAAAGAAUUUAUUUAAAUUAUGUAACUAAGAAGAAUAUAGAAGGUGUUUCAGUUUUGGAAAAAUGAUAAAGAAUACCACCCCUUUUAUCAAUUUUUAUUAAAAAGAAAAGGUCUUGAAGGAUUCAGAUAUAAUUAAUUAACUAGUAAAUAAUAGAAAUUGUAAGAUUAAUUGAAGAUAAUCACUUUAAAAUAACAAAGACAAUAAAUAGAAGAAAUGGCAAUAGAAGUUUACAAUAAAAAUGUUCAAAAAAAAGCAUUUUAAGCAUGGAAAUAUUUAUUAUAAAAUGACAAUUUACAUGAAUUGUGGUAAUCACUCUCAAAUUAAAAAUUAAAAUAAGAUUUUUAGAUAGUCCAACUUAAAUAUGAUAUAAUUUAAAAGAAAAGAAAGAUUAAAUAUUUCAAAAAAUGGGUUGUGAACUUUAUAAAAAGUCGUAAAUCUAUAAAAAAUCUAUAAUAAUGUGAGGUGACUGCCAAGGAGAAAGCAAUAGAAAGUUUAAUAAGAAUUGCGUUUGAAACAUCUAUGAAAACAUAAUUUAAAUGGUUAGAAUACUAUAAAGAUAAUUGA